UUACUUAGGGCAGACCGACUCGAGUCACGGACAACGAGAUUAUCGCCGGAACACACUUCGCACACAACGGACGCUGCUGUUGCUGGAGAAACUCCGAUCUCGCCGCAGUUGUAAGCAGAAUUUAUCCAUCUUCGAGACUCGUUGAGACGCGGACGAAGAAGAAAGUCGAAAAUGUCUUCCCGCAAAACAGCCGGACGUCGUGCGACGACGAAGAAACGCGCUCAGCGCGCGACAUCGAAUGUCUUCGCCAUGUUCGAUCAGGCCCAAAUCGCCGAGUUCAAGGAGGCCUUCAACAUGAUCGACCAAAAUCACGAUGGUUUCGUCGACAAGGAAGACCUCCACGACAUGCUCGCGUCUCUAGGAAAAAAUCCGACCGACGAUUACCUCGAGGGUAUGAUGAACGAGGCCCCAGGACCGAUCAACUUCACCAUGUUCCUUACGCUCUUCGGCGAACGACUUCAGGGCACCGAUCCUGAGGACGUGAUCAAGAACGCAUUUGGUUGCUUCGACGAGGAGAACACGGGCAACAUAAACGAGGAACGUCUCAGAGAAUUGCUCACAACGAUGGGAGAUCGAUUCACGGACGACGAUGUCGACGAGAUGUACCGUGAGGCGCCGAUCAAGGGAUCGAUGUUCGACUACAUCGAGUUCACCCGAAUCCUGAAACACGGGGCAAAGGAUAAGGACGAGCAGUAGAUUGCAAAACGCGAGAAAUGUGAGCCUGGGAUUGAAGUACGAGACGGAGAAUAGCAAGAUUAACAACGGAGAGAUCGCGAAAAUUAAGCGAAAAAGGAUAUUUCAUACCGAAAUUCAAACACCAGCCCGCGCGACAGUCGCCCACCCAUUUCCACUUUCCUAUAUUAUACUUCUAAAGUAAUUUUCUUAUUUUCCUUUCAUUCGGUUGCAUUCUUAUUUCUGAAUAUUGACGAAGCAAACAUGUUAUUUAUACAUGCGCGGUAUGUGUGCGUGUGUAUGUGUAUAAAUCUACAACGUGGUGCAACGUUCAUGUACAGAGCGAUGAUAUGGCGCAGGUGUUCCCUCCACUCGCGAUUUGACCGAGACGGAAAAAUUAAACGAUUCGAAUUACUGGAUGGUUCUCUUUUUCUCGAUAAAACCGAAAAAACUAAAAAAAUGCCACAUCGUAUAAUUAUAUUUGCUAUGCAUACUAUUUAAUACUGUAUAAGUUGCCUUAUUAAUUUUAAUAUGUACUAAGAUCAGUGAGUGCGAUAUGUUUUUACCUCAUUACGCCGCUGAUCCACUAUAAAUAGAAAAAUUCGUAGACGAAUUAGGAUUUGUUUUUUUAUUAUUAUUAUUGUUAUUAUUAGCGAACGGGAUUUCAAACCUGAAUUCAAUAGACUAUGAAGACUUGAUAGGAAUUCGACAAUAAUAAAAUAGAAUUCACGGAAGUUUUACGCGUAGAAA